GCGCGGGUUGGCGCUAAUACUAACUCUCAAAACUCUCAUUGAGGCUACCGUUGAGCUAGUUGAGCUUCUUUCGCCUUGACCCGGUGGGGGCGGGGUUCGGCAGUUAGUGGAAGGCUUAAAUCCAUGGCCGGUGAGAUCCACCUCAGACCCUAACCUGAGCUGGCUCUCCGGUGGGGCCUGUUCCCCACGACAAACAUAGCAUCAUUUCAUUUGCGGGAAAGCCUCGAUUUCUCUAAAUGGGGUUCUCUAAUCUGCUUUAUGUGCUACUUAUCAGAGACUCUUAAUAUUGAUUCACUUGCCUAAAACAAUGUUAGACCAAAUCUUCUCAAUGUACGCCUUUUGCAAAGUUUCCACUAUCGCUUUAGUACUUGCUGCUGCAUUACCCUGCGCUGCACACCCUCAGAAUACCCACUAUACCAAUCCAAUAAUACCUGGGUGGCAUUCAGACCCAAGUUGUAUUUACGUGCGAAAGGAGAGCACAUAUUUCUGUACAACGUCAACAUUUCUCUUAUACCCAGGCAUCCCAAUUUACGCAAGCAAGGACCUCGUGAGCUGGAAAUUGGUUAGCAAUGUUCUCAAUCGUCCCAGUCAGGUACCUGAACUCAACAACGUCGCUUGGCAACAGGGUGGAAUGUAUGCGGCAACUCUCCGCUAUCGUGAAGAUAAAUUCCACCUCGUUGUUGCUGACUUAGGAGGGGUCGGUUCCAACUAUCUUUUCACUUCUUCGGAUCCCUACAACGAUAAAGCGUGGAAUGACCCCGUGAAGUUCGCUCUGGACCCUGGUAGCGACGCUGACCUUUUCUGGGACGACGAUGGUACGGCAUACAUUACCGUGGCUAGGAAUGGUCUCAUAAACCAAUUUGCUUUCGAUAUGGAGACAGGUGCAAUGGGUCCAUUAAGUGAACUGUGGAAUGGUACUGGAGGAGUUUAUCCUGAAGGUCCUCAUAUGUACAAGAAAGACGGGUAUUACUAUCUCAUGAUUGCUGAGGGAGGCACCGAGCAAAACCACACGGAAACAAUUGCACGAUCUCGAAACCGCCUUGGGCCGUGGGAAGCGUACCCUCGCAAUCCACUCCUAACGAAUCGCGAUACAGACCAAUACUUUCAAACUGUAGGCCAUGCAGACUUGUUCCAGGAUGAAGACUAUAACUGGUGGGCUGUUGCAUUGAGCACCCGUUCAGGAAAGGAAUGGCUGAACUAUCCUAUGGGUCGAGAAACGGUUCUUGUGCCGGCUACUUGGGGCAAAGGCGAAUGGCCUGUCUUACAGCCAGUUCGCGGUACAAUGCAAGGUCCACUUCCAAGAGUAAACAAGAAUGUUGCUGGGGAUGGUGCCUUUGUGAACGAACCCGACAAAUUCAACUUUCGGCCGGGCUCCUCCAUCCCUAAGCAUCUUUCGUUCUGGCGGUUCCCUAAUACCUAUUCGUAUACAGUCUCCCCACGGGGACAUCCAAAUACGCUUCGUUUAACGCCAUCUUCUAUGAACAUUACUGGUACUGCAGAUAUUCAGCCCAGCGACCCGAUAACUCUAAUUAUGCGUCGUCAAACUGAUACCUUAUUUACCUACGGUGUCGAUUUCUCAUUCGACCCGAAGUUAGAGAAUGAGGAGACUGGUGUAACCCUUUUUUUAACCCAACUUCAACAUAUUGAUCUUGGUAUAGUCAAUCUAUCGUCCCCAAAUUCUAAGGAGUCAUCAAUAUCACUGCGAUUCCGUGUCGAAGGUGUCGGAAAUUAUGUUGGGCCUGCCAUAGAGCCAACGACUGUCCCAGUUCCAAAGGCUUGGCAUGGAAAGUCUAUCCGAUUAGAGAUUAAGGCUGUGAAUACAACCCACUAUUCUUUCUCAGCUGCUCUUUCAGCCAAGCCAUCUCAAAGUCAAAUAAUUGCCUACGCUAAGGCACUACUUGUGAGUGGGGGUACCGGCAUUUUCACUGGUGCGCUUGUCGGCGCUUAUGCUACAAGUAAUGGAGGCAACGGCACCACAAAUAGCUAUCUUAGUAAUUGGAGAUACGAAGGUCAGGGUCAAGAGAUUGAUUAUGAUACAAUCGUCUCUAGCAAUUUCUUUUAGUGAAUGUAGUCACUGAAUUUCUAGCAUAUAAAACCGGAUAAGAUAUUUUCCAUCUCAAACAACUUCAACUUUCACCAGCCUGUCAAACAAACCGGAUAAGAGAUUUUCUAUCCAAGCAAGGUUGAUAUCAACGUUUUCCAUUCUCCCGCCCUUCGUUAUUGUUUCUUACUUCCGACUAUGGACAAGGUUGGCAUAUACAAAUACGGGGAAAUGACAGGGAUACAAUGGCCGGUUCAUGCGCGAUUAUGUGCCGAUGGCACUGUCAAAGAGGAGAUGAUGAGCACGGCGACUAGGAUGCUAGACACGCGUUCUUGUUUGUUUUCUUCCGAAACUGUUCUUCUUCGGAGGUGUUUCUAGAUGUGGAAUUGGGAUAGCGGGAAGAUAAGUUAAAUGGACUUGACAUCCAGUUUAUUUUUUCGUGUCUGGUAGUCCAAAGUCUCAACAUGCAGCUUCUCAAAUAUUUUUUCGUUCUCCUCCCGAGUCUGCUUUCCAUCUCUGGUGCAACUGAUCUUGACUACACGAAAAGAGAUUUUAUCUUCAGCGAUCCCGAAGUAGCAUGCAGCCAACUGGGUUCCUCGCUCGCUAUCGAGAAUGUAACAGUCAACUUCGCCAACUUCGUCCCAGCAGGAACAAAUCUCUCUUUUACGCAAGACUUUAAUCUCAGUUCUUGCGGAUACCUGAGCGCUGUGGUCACGACUGACAUGUGUCGUGUUGCAAUGUAUGAUGCAACCAGUUAUCGCAGUGGGAUUACACUCGAGGCAUGGCUACCUAUGAAUUGGACGGGCAGGUUUUUGAGUACGGGGAAUGGGGCGUUAGUGGAUGUCAGUCUAGUUCAUCUGCUCUGCGUUCUUAUAAUACACAAGAUGACCCGGAAAAUAAUCAGACUGAGCUGCAGACACGCAACGGAUAGCUGUCGAUGCAGUGGCCUUCGGCUAUCUGAGCUGGUUGGUAUCAUCGGAUACUUUGCCCGUCGUCUGUGCAUGGACUGUCUUGCUCGGUGACUAGGGCCACACUACAAAUUGUGGCUGCUCAUAGAUAUACCCAGAACGAGGAGGAUCCAGUAGGGUGUGGUAAUAAUAGUCAAGACGAAAGGUUUUUUUCUAUCUGUCUGAAGCAGAAAGGGUGGAAGCUUGAUAUGGGAAUGAGAAAUAAAGGGUUAGAUUUUGGGUCGGGAUUUUAUGGACAUCACCCAUCAUAGUGUAG